AUGGCAGGGCGGGAGCAUGGCGGGGCGCCAGACCGCACGUGUGUCUGCCCCUUGGCUGGUUCACUAUCGCGGGGCGAGUCGGUGGCGGGGCCAUCCUUGGCGGGGCUGCCGAGGCCACAGGUUGCCGACUUUGAUUCGCCGCGUCGCGAGGAGCCAGGGCCGUGUGCGAGGAGCACGUGCUCUGGCGACCGUGGCUGCGCCUCGGAGCGGCUCUACAAGGGCGGGCGGGCUGCCAAACACAGAGAGCACCCUGGUUGGGUCGGGAAGAUGGCGUCCCCGUCUCCGUGGGGGCGGCCUCAGGACGGCCGAGAUACGCGGCCGCCCACGUUCGACGCCAACGGGCAUGACGGAACGUUUCAAGACGUCACGGACAUGGAGCUCGGGCCGUCUGCAUCCCAGAGAGAGGCCAAUAUGCCGGUCGCCACGUCGAUGAGGGGGAACCCGCUCUACGAUCAGGACGCUCCGGACCUGUACGCGUCCAAUGCGAGCGGCCGUGCCUCGCGGGCGACGAAGACUGGCGCUCCUGGCCUUGGGUGGAAGGUCUGGGCGAUCAUCGUGCUGCUCCUGCUGGUGAUUCUCGGGCUGGCCAUAGGCCUCGGAGUCGAGGCCAACAAGGAUCGCAGCGCCGGCACAGGCUUCGACCGGGGCACGAAGACUGUCAAGGUCGCACAAGCGUCCGUGGGCUCCCUCGACGGAUACGAGAGCGCGGGAUCCCUCUUCGAGGGGGCCGGAUCCUGGUCGCUCCUGCGCGGCACGCUGCCCUCGGACGUCCUGGUGUCGGACGCCGUCGCGUUGGCCAUCGGCGGCGACCGCGUGCUCUUCCCGGGGGGCAAGCGGGUCAUCAGUGUGGCCAACUCGACCGCGGGGGCCUCGGCGGACACGCACAUCUGGGACGCCGUCACGGGCCUGUGGACCGACACAACUGACUCCGGCGCCCCGCUCGCGUCGAUGCCCGAGCCCAGGAUGCGCUACGCGGCGGCGCUGUUCGACGGCAAGGUGUACGUCAUUGGCGGGUACGAUGCGACCGAGACGCAGAAGGACACGACGUAUGUCUACGACAUCGCGGCGAACACGUGGACGGCCGGGCCGCCGCUGAGUCUGGGCACGCGGGGCGACAGCUGCGCGGCUGUGGUCCGGGGCAGGCUGUACGUGGUGGGGGGCUUCGAUGCAAGCUUUACUCCGCUGGCUUCGGUCGAGCGGCUGAGCGAGGACGGGGAGCGAUGGGAGCGCGUGGCGGACAUGCCGACGCCGCGCGGGGACCUGCAGUGCGCCGAGGCCGGAGGGGAGCUGGUGGCGGUGGGGGGGUGGAAUGACGUCACCUUGGAGGACUUCACCCCUGACUCAUUCGUGACCGCCACCGAGUCGUUCGAUGGAAGCCGCUGGCAGGUGCGGGCGCCGAUGCGAUACGCCCGCGGGGACCACGCGCUCGUGCGCGUCCCCGGGGACCGCCUCGUGGCACUGGGCGGCGAAACGCACUUCGAGGGCCGGCGCACGGAGGUGUCGCUGCACGCGGUGGAGGAGUAUGACUUCGCGUCAGACUCGUGGAUCCAGCUGGCCCCGAUGACGCAGUCGCGCUUCCGGGCCCUCGCGGCGUACGCGGACGGCGCCGUGCACGUGUUCGGCGGUCACCAGACCUGCGAGUCUUCCUUCGACCCUCCGUUCUUGAGCAGCUGCCCGUCGACCGCCGUGGAGGGCAUCCACUCUCUGUUUCUGCCCGCGCACCCCAACGUUUUCGUGUACGUCUCGCGCUCGCCCGAGACGGCCGAGGACGAGGCGAACGACAUGGCCGCUGGCAUCGUGUCCGACGAUGUGCGCCUGAGCCUCCUCCCCGCCGCCGUGGUCCCGGAACGCGCGCCGUACGAGCACGUGGGGUUCCUGCAGGCAGGGUCCGGGUACUGGGUGACGAAGAACCCUGCGCCGAGCGGCCGUUCGGGGCACUCCACGCACCUGCACGACGGGGCGGUGCACGUCCUGGGCGGGACUGACGUGGCGGGGGGGGUGGCGACGGGGGGACUCAAGUACACGGUCGGACUGGAUCGCUGGACGGCGGACGGCGCGGGACUCCCCGCGGGCGCAGCACGCACGUGGCAUGCGUCCGCGCAGAUCGGUUCGAAGGUGUUCCUCGUGGGGGGGUUUUCUGCGCUGUCGACUGACGCGCGGCUCCACACCCCCGCAACAGAGACCGUCGUGGUGGACCUCGCCGCCGCCGGAUCCGCAGGGAACGUCUCCGCGACACAGACGGCCCCCGCUGCGCGCGCCGGCUGGUCGACGCACGGGUGCGCGGCCGCUACUGGGGGGGUGGUGUUUUACGCGGGGGGGUUCACGAUCGACAGCGACGCAAGCAACGCCCGCGGCUUCCCCGUCCUGGUCCCCGAGGCGCACGUCGACGAGUUCGAUCCCGCAGGGGGCGUGUGGCUGCGCCUGACGCAGGGGCUGUCCGUGCCGCGCGGGGCGUGUGCUGCUGCAGCGGUGGGGGGGUUGGUCUACGUGGCGGGGGGACUCGUGACCGCCGAGGGGCUGCAGGGCCAAGGCAUCGACUCUUACGAUCCCGCCAGCUUCCUCAAGACCGUCGACGUGCUCGACCCUGCAACGGGGCGCUGGACCAGCGCGGCGAGCAUGCGGCGGGGCCGCGCGGGCUUCCACCUGGCUGUGCUUCCGUCGGGGAACCUGCUCGCCGUGGGCGGUGCGUCGCACUGGGGCGCGGCGCGGACGCGCGUCUCGCUGCUCUCGGUCGAGGAGUUCGAGGUGGCGCGCAACGAGUGGGUCGAGCGCGCCCCGCUGCCGGCUGCGCGGUUCGGGUUUGCGGCCGUCCUGACGGGAGCGGGGGUGCUCGCGGUGGGGGGCACGCCGGCGUGCGGGCCGUGGCUGUCCACCGGCACGUGCCCCGCAACCGCAUCGCCCACGGUCGAUGCGUUCCAGGAGGCCGAGGCAGAAGACCUCAGCGUCCUCGUAAGCAACACACUCCCCCGGUAUGACUUGACUGAGGACCUCAUACUGCUCGAGUACCCCACCUCGCCCGUCAACUACGAGCUGCUCUCCUCCGUCUUUGUCGGCCGCGGCUACUGGGCCCACUGGUCCGAGCCCGCGCUCGCGCGCUCCGACCACGUCGCCGCGCCCGUGUCGGACACGGAGAUCCUGAUCGCGGGGGGAGUCUCUGCCGCCGGCACCGUGAUCGGGACCGCCGUGAUCUACGACGUCACCCUGCGGCAGGUCGCGCCCGUGCCGGACAUGCCCACGCCGCGCGCGCGCGCCGCCGUCGCCGCAGUCGGCAGCCACGUGUUUGUGUUUGGCGGCGUGGAGGCUGACGGCGUCACUCCGCGGAUCGACGUCGACGUGUUCGACGUGAACACGCGGACGUGGUUCACGCGCCAGGCCAAGGUGCCGCCUGGCUUCCGGCCGCUCGUGGACGCCUGCGCCGCGGCUGUUCCGGGCACUGCAGACAUCUUGAUCGCGGGCGGGCACGUGCGCGUCGGUGGCGUUUGGACCGCACAGGCCGACGUGUACCGCGUGUCCGUGUCCCGCGCUGUGGAGGCCACGUUCACCGCGGGCUUCGAGCGGCUCCCGUCCAUGCCCACGGCGCGCGGCGAUGCUGCGUGCGGGGUGGUGGGCGACCGCUUCCACGUCAUCGGGGGGGCGACGCGGCCGGGGAACGCCACUGCGUCUGCGGGCGUGACGGGCGAGAUCGUCGACGCGAACGAGGCGUACAACCCCGCGACGGACCAGUGGAGUGUGCAGGCGCCGCUGCCGACGCCGCGGGCGGACAGCGCGGCGGCCGCCACGAGCGGACACCGGCUGGUCGUCGCGGGCGGAGAGGAGACGCUUGGCACGAGGCGAGCCAAGGCCGCGCACGACGUGCUCGAGUACCAUCACGAGGCCGACGCCUGGACCCCGAAGGCGUCGCUGCCGUUCGCAGUGUACCGCGGGCAGGCUGCGGCGCUGCAGGGCGUGGUGCACGUGGUGGGGGGCCGCGCGUCCUGCGCGACCGCGGCGUCCGCGGACUGCCCCGAGCGCGCUUCGCAGCAGGUCCAGGCGCUGCACGACGUCGACCACCCCGAGGUCUUCAUUCACCGCCGUGUCGCGGUGAAUUGA